GCUGUGUGUCGAGUCGAUCGACGCCGUAAAAAUAUUUUUAAAUAGUUUCGUUUUACAGAAAACUCAGGGUGUUAAUAAGUUAUAGAAGCCCUGCAUAAAACCUUUAGGAAGCUCACUUUGUGCACAUAAAAGUCUUCAGCAUGGAUUGCCAAACAUGCGGCAAAAUGUUUUUCAGUCCUGACGAUGGAGAUUACUUGGAAAAUCACAAAACUAUUUACACCCUAUUGACUACGAUUGAGAUGAGUCAAUUUGCGCUGGAUUUUGUUCUGAAGGUCUGCAUGAGCUGUUCGGUAAAGCUCAAAGAAAUCGAAGACUUCCGGCAAGUCUGUCUAGCCACUUACCAAAAGCUUCACGGAGUGAAAAUAGAACCAAUCGACGAUGGAUUCCAUAGAGAGUUCAUAUCUGUGUCACUUAAAACAGAGUUACUGGAUAACAUCGACGCUUCGAUAGACGAGAACACGGAUAGUUUGGAAGAUGGUAAAGUGCUCAAAUUUGAUAAUGACGAUAAGAAUGUUGUGGAUGCCCUGGACGCUAAUGAUGAUAGCACAGACAAUGAUGAUGAUGAUGCUGAUAAUGAUGAUGAUAGCGAUUAUAAGGAAACCAGCGACAAGGAGGACGAAAAGGAACCGGAAGUCGAAAUAAAACCGAAAAAACCUCGAGCCAAAUGGGGAAGCAAGAAAAAAAUAAAACCUUCCGAGCCGCGAAAAGUCUUUCCAUGCGAUGAGUGUAAUAAAGUGUGUCUCAAAGAGCAUCGAUUGGUUGCCCACAAACGUACGCAUCGUGGACUAAAGCCAUUCUAUUGUGAAGCAUGUGAUAAAGGAUUCCAAACGUUUCGUAAUAUAAAAAAUCACAAUAAAUUGCUUCAUUCAGCGGAUCGGGUAUUGUUUCCUUGCAAGCACCCAGGGUGUUCGGAAAUCUUCCGCACAGAAAAAGGGUGUCAGAAACACUUUUCAGAGACUCACGAUCCUGACUAUGUCCCAGAUACGUCGGAAACUGUUGUUUGUGACGUUUGUGGAAAAUCAUAUCCAAAUAAGAGCGUGUUAAAAAUUCAUAGCUAUACCCACGACCGGGAUAAAAUGCCCCAUAAGUGCACCAUUUGUGGUAAAGGCUUUGCCCUGGCGAACAGACUGCAAGAGCACAUGAAUAGACAUAAUGGGAUCAAAAACUUUAAAUGUCCACACUGUGGACAGCAGAAAGUGACUCGAAACGAGCUCAACGGCCACAUCCGGAUGGUCCACAAACGCCUGUAUAGAACACAAUGCGAUUUAUGUAGCAACAUGUUUAGCAGUAUCGAUGGGUUGAGAAUUCAUGUGCGUACCGUGCAUCAGGGAUUGAAACCUUUUACGUGUGAGAUUUGUGGAUCGAGAUUUGGAAAAAAAGAUCACCUCAAUAGACACAUGAAGCUGCACGUUCGAGACGGCUUGGUGCCAGCGUAGUGCUCAUCUCGGACAGAAUAAGGUUUUUUUUCCCCAAGUUGUUUCAUUUUUUCAUGUGGUAAACCGUACAUUUCAUAAUGAACGAGAAAAUAGAUGGGGAAAACGAAUUAAA